GGCGCAGCGGGAGGCGGCGGCGGCGGCGCGGCGGGAUGGACGAGCCCAGCAUCCUGCGGCGCCGGGGUCUCCAGAAAGAGCUGAGUCUGCCGCGCCGAGGAAGAGCUUGCAGAAGCAGCAAUAGGAAGAGCUUAGUGGUGGGCACCCCCUCUCCGACCCUCUCACGGCCUCUGUCCCCCCUCUCCGUGCCAACAGCUGGGAGCAGCCCCUUGGACAGCCCACGCAACUUCUCUGCCAGCACCUCCAUCAACUUCCCCUUCGCUCGCAGCCAUGCUCCUCGGACUGACAGGGCUGAUGGCAGAAGGUGGUCACUGGCUUCGUUACCCUCCUCUGGCUAUGGGACCAACACCCCCAGCUCCACGGUCUCGUCAUCUUCAUCCUCCCAGGAGCGCCUGCACCAGCUGCCGUACCAGCCCACCCCCGACGAGCUGCAUUUCCUUUCUAAGCAUUUCCGCAGUUCGGAAAGCGUCACGGACGAGGAGGGCCGGCACUCGCCCUGCCUGCGCCCACGAUCCAGGAGCCUCAGCCCUGGACGGACGAGUGGAACGUUUGAUAAUGAGGUUGUGAUGAUGAACCAUGUCUACAAGGAGAGGUUCCCCAAGGCCACAGCCCAGAUGGAAGAGCGUCUGCAGGACACCAUCACCAACUUCUCCUCGAGCAGCACUCUGCCCCUGGCAGAUGGGGUGCUGGGCUUCAUCCACCACCAGAUCAUCGAGUUGGCCCGUGACUGCCUGGCCAAGUCCCAGGGAGCUCUCAUCACCUCCCGCUACUUCAUGGAGCUGCAGGAGAAACUCGAGAAGAUGCUGCGAGACGCUCAGGAGCGUUCGGAGAGCGAGGAGGUGAAGUUCAUCGACCAGCUGGUGAGGAAGCUGCUGCUCAUCAUCUCCCGCCCUGCUCGACUGCUGGAGUGCCUGGAGUUUGACCCAGAGGAGUUUUACCACCUCCUGGAAGCCGCAGAAGGACACGCCAAAGUCGGCCAGGGAAUAAAGACUGAUAUUCCCCGAUACAUCAUUAGCCAACUGGGGCUCGUCAAGGAUCCACUGGAGGAAAUGGGCCAGCUGGAUCACUUUGACAGCGGGAACACCAUCACUCCAGAGAACGAUGACGCCUGUGAGAGCCAGCCUUCAGUCACUGUUCCACGGAGGAAACCCUGCGAGGGGGACUUUGAGACCAUCAAGCUGAUCAGCAACGGGGCUUAUGGGGCUGUGUACCUGGUGAGGCACAGGGAGACGCGGCAGCGCUUCGCCUUGAAGAAGAUCAACAAGCAGAACCUUAUCCUGAGGAACCAGAUCCAGCAGGUGUUCGUGGAGAGGGACAUCCUCACCUUUGCAGAGAACCCCUUCGUGGUCAGCAUGUUCUGCUCCUUCGAGACGAAGCGACACCUCUGCAUGGUGAUGGAGUACGUGGAAGGGGGGGAUUGUGCCACGUUGCUGAAGAACAUGGGCCCGCUGCCUGUCGACAUGGCCAAGAUGUACUUCGCCGAGACCGUCCUUGCGCUGGAGUAUCUGCACAACUACGGCAUCGUCCACCGGGACCUCAAACCUGACAAUUUGCUCAUCACCUCCAUGGGCCACAUAAAGCUGACAGACUUCGGUCUGUCAAAGAUUGGCCUGAUGAACAUGACCACGAACCUCUACGAGGGACACAUGGAGAAGGACACUCGGGAGUUCAUGGACAAGCAGGUGUGCGGCACCCCGGAGUACAUUGCCCCCGAAGUCAUCCUCAUCCAGGGCUACGGGAAGCCCGUGGAUUGGUGGGCCAUGGGCAUCAUCCUCUACGAGUUCCUGGUGGGCUGCGUGCCCUUCUUCGGAGACACCCCCGAGGAGCUCUUCGGCCAGGUUAUCAGUGAUGAAAUUAUGUGGCCAGAAGGGGACGAGGCUCUUCCUGCAGAUGCCCAGGACCUGAUCACACGGUUGCUGAGACAGUGUCCCCUUGAACGCUUGGGCACUGGAGGUGCACACGAGGUGAAGCAUCACUCCUUCUUCCUCCACCUGGACUGGAAUGGGCUGCUGCGGCAGAAGGCUGAGUUCAUUCCCCAGCUGGAGUCAGAGGACGACACCAGCUACUUUGACACUCGUUCCGAGAGGUAUCACCACCUGGAUUCGGAAGAUGAGGAAACCAACGACGAGGAGUCAUCGGUGGAGAUCGGGCAGUUCUCCUCCUGCUCCCACCGCUUCAGCAAGGUGUACAGCAGCUCGGAAUUCCUGGCGGUCAACUCCAACCUCAGCCUCUCGUCCUCCGACCGGAGUCACAGCGAUGAGAAGGAGGAGCGAUGGGACAGGCACUCGGGAGACGAGGACAAGAGCAGGCCAGCAGGCACUGAGCCCCGGCUCCGCUCGUGGACGUCCUGCAGCUCCACGCCGUACACCUCCCGGCACGAGCGGAGCCGCAGCCCCACCGUGCUGCCCAGCACCCUCAGCCUGGACACUAUGCCCAAGUUUGCCUUCUCCUCGGAGGAUGAGAGCCCCUAUGUGGCGUCCACCAAGCCGGAGAGACCCAAGUUUGUGGUGGGAGAUCCCGAGGUGGGCCCCGGUGGUGCGGUGAAGCAGUCGGCGUUAUCCGCUGAUCUUGCCAACCUCAACCGCAUCCGCCUCCGGAGCAACAGCACCGGCACCAAAAACUCGACUCCGCGGAGCCUGGAGCCCAGCGGGGGCCGUCGGCUGAGCACCCAGAAGGAUGUGCCGGAGAGGCAAAGGGCCUCGCUGGGCAGCCGUGUCCCCAAAUCCGCCUCCGUCUCAGCCCUGUCCCUCAUCAUCACGUCAGAUGACUUCGGUGGUGGCGCCUUGAUGAGCCCCAUCUCCCCUCACUCCCUCUCAUCCAACCCCUCUUCCCGUGACUCCUCCCCGAGCCGGGACUCAUCCCUCGCCAUCGCCAGCCUGCGGCCGCCCAUCAUCAUCCACAGCUCGGGGAAGAAGUACGGCUUCACCCUGCGGGCCAUCCGCGUCUACAUGGGCGACAGCGACGUCUACACCGUGCACCACAUGGUCUGGAGCGUGGAAGAGGGGAGCCCCGCGCAGGAGGCAGGGCUGAGGGCGGGCGAUCUCAUCACACACGUGAACGGAGAGUCCGUGCUGGGCCUGGUUCACCGGGAUGUCGUGGAGCUGCUGCUCAAGAGCGGGAAUAAAGUGGCCCUGCGCACCACGGCCCUGGAGAACACCUCCAUCAAAAUCGGCCCUGCCAGGAAAAACAGCUCCAAGACGAGGAUGGCGAGGAGGAGUAAGAAGAGCAGGAAAAGGGAUGGCCAGGACAGCAGGAGAAAAUCCCUCUUCAAGAAGAUCUCCAAGCAGUCGUCGGUCCUGCACACCAGCCGCAGCUUCUCCUCCGGCCUCCACCACUCUCUGUCCUCCAGCGAGAGCCUCCCGGAGUCCCCCACGCACAGCCUGUCCCCAGGUCCCACCACACCCUGCCGGAGCCCUGCUCCCGACCUGCCCUCAGAUGCCGUGUCCCCGCAGAGCACCUCUCCCUCCUCCAGCACCCCAACGUCGCCCGCCGGCCACGUGCGCCCCAGCUCCCUGCACGGGCUGGCCCCCAAACUGGGCGGGCAGCGCUACAAAGUGGGGCGCCGCAAAUCCACCAGCAGCAUCCCCCCCUCGCCCCUCGCCUGCACCCCUUCCUCCUCCCAGCGCCCGCCUUCCCCCCAGCGCUCCCCCUCUCCGCUCCCCGGGUUCCCCAAAACCCCCCACUCCUUCCAGGGCAAGACCCUGUCGCCCCCCACCAUCGUCCGGCAGAGCUCCCGGCCCCGCAGCGCCGACUGCCCCCGCUCCCCCCUCCUCAAGCGCGUCCAGUCGGCCGAGAAGAUCGUCACCAUCCUGGCCGAGAAGAAAAGCUGCGGCGGCCGCAAGCUGGGGCUGGAGAUGUCCCCGAUGGACGCGGAGGCCAUCGGGGAGGGAGAAGCGCUGCCCUACCCAGGGGAGCACGGUUACCACCCCGCCAGCUCCCGGCUCGGGGAGAGGCACGACCGGGACCAGGAGAUGGUGGUCAUGCGGCGCCUGAACCUCUCCGAGCGCAGGGACUCCUUCAAGAAGCAAGAGGCGGUCCAAGAAGUGAGUUUUGACGAGCAGGAGACGGUGCCGGGAGGCGAAGACGGCGGGAAGAGCGAAGAUGGGCCGGGCACGACCCCGCAGGGCGCGGAGCCGCAGCCGAGGCUGAAGCCCAGCCCCGUGCCCCAGAUCGCGGUGCAGGGCUCCGAGAGCGACGAGCAGGAGCCGGCGGUGCCCGAGUGGGAAUGCCAGGGCUCCUACCCCAUCGGCAGCGCCCGGCAGCCGGACGGCAGCAUCCCCCUGCCGUGGUGGAACGGGUGCGAGCACCGGGACCGUGGCUCCCAGCAGCGCCGGAACUCUGGGGAGGGAUCAAUGGGCCACCGGGAAGCGCCGGCACGGGGCCAGGAGCUGCCGGGGGCUCAUCUCCCCGCGCCCCGGCGUGGCACGUGGAGCGGGGCCAAGCACUCAUGAGCCCCACGCUGGCACCAGGGGUGGUUCGGGCUCCCUGGGGCACCCCAACCACGUCCCCGAAAACUCCGUCCCACACAGCAUAUCCAUGAGAGAAACGUCCCUGGAGCCGCUCUGGACGUUGGCGCUGGCUGGGCCCUUUCUCCCCCCUGUGAAGGCUUUUUGUACUCCCCGAGAGAUGCUCAUAUUUUUAUAGAGAUGCAGGAGCUUUUCCCGGCGGCGGCCCCACCCUCUGUGUACAGAAAGGACUCGAUGCAAAUAUUCCUUAAUUAAUUUAUUACUUUUUAUAAGCUAAACGGGCAGUGCAGGGCCGUCACAGGGUCCAACCCAGCUCUGGGAGUCCCAGCCUUUUCCGUGUGUCUCCCAGCUUCCAGAUGGAUGGCACACUGUUUUCUAACAUUGCAAAGACCCCACUCGCUUUUCCCUACUUUCUAACUUCAGUUUUAGCUGGAAACACCCCAGAUGUCCUAAGAAACACAAAUUCUAACAUUUAAAAUUAAAACAAAACCCCAAGCCUACAGCAACAUCCCCCAAAUGCUGGUGCUCCAGGCUGGGAUGCAGAGGGGGGAUUUUAUUUGCAUAUGGAUCAGAAGAUGAUGGACAUAUGGGUCAUUUUAUAAGUGCACAGUGGAUGUAAAGGGUUUGAUUAUUUUAUUGGAGCCUUUUGGAGCCACCAGGCUUCAUGGGCCCUUCCAGGGGGAGAAAAAGAGAGACAUUGCCACAGGGUCAGCAACUGGAUGUGAAUAUUAAGGGGAUUUUUAGGGUCAGAUUUUGCUCUUUCUCUGCCCCCAAAUCCUGUGGUGUUGGUCGGUCAGUGCAUAGACACCCAUAAAAUCCCAACUUCUCCUUGUUUUUUAAAACAAAUCCACCCUAACCCAGUGAGCACCUGCAAUUUGGGAAUUUUACCCCCUUGUUCCCCCUCCCCUUUGUUGUUCUAUUCAACAAACUACAGCUCAGCCCAGCAUUUCCCCCCCUAUUUCUACCAUUUUCUAGGGUAUAAACGUUCCCGUUUGUUAAUGCAUGUUCUGGCUUUCCCCCCCACCAGGCACCACCGUGGCCCUGGUGGGUUUUUGGGCUGUGUGUUGGGGUUAUUUUGUGCACGUGUGGUUUGUACCAGGCUCCCCAUCCCGCUUCUCCCGUUAAACUGGUGCCGUUAAACCCUCCCCAAAAAACGAGCCGCCAGAGCUGCUCC